CUCAUCUUCAUCCUCAAGCUUCUUCUUAGAAGCAUCAUCAUCGACCUUCUCGUCUUCGACCUCAUCGACCUUCUUCUUAGCUUCAUCCACCUUCUCAUCUUCAUCCUCAAGCUUCUCCUUCUUAGCUUCAUCAUCAUCUGUCUUCUCAUCUUCACCUCUCUUCUUCACAAGAAGAGGAGCUAGCAUCUUCUUUUGGUUAACCAAACGAAGACCAAGACCAAGCUUUGGCUUUGGUUUCAGUGAAACCCUAUUGGUGUUGGUGUUGUUGUUGGAAGGAAACAAGGGUUUGGUGGGAAAGAACAGAGCAAAGGUGAAGGUCGAGAUUGACAUUGUUUGUCUGUGUUUGGGUUUUUUUUUGUUUUUUUAGUUUGAGAAAUAAAAAAAGGAAGAAGAAGAAUGAUAGAAGAGAAAUGUAGAGAAUAUGUAGGAUAUAAAGAGAGUCAAAAGCAUUUUGUAUUUUGUAUAUACACGAAUUACGAAAUGUAAGAGCAGAGAGUAAAUUAGAUUUUGGUAUUGGUAGUACCUUGCAAAAUGCUAGAGAAUGUAUAGGAUAUAAAGACGUCAAAAGCAUUUUGAAUUUUGUAUUUUGUAUAUACACGAAUUAGGAAAUGUAAGAGCAGGGAGUAAAUUAGAUUUUGGACAUAAUGCUAGAGAAUGUGUAGGAUAUAAAGACGUCAAAGCAUUUUGAAUUUUGUAUUUUGUAUAUACACGAAUUAGGAAAUGUAAGAGCAGGGAGUAAAUGAGAUUUUGGUAUUGGUAGUACCUUGCAACUAGAUUUUUUUGAAUCGUACAGAUUCCUUUAAUGCUUUUCUGUAUCAUGACAUCAUACGUUGCAUAGCGGAGUUGAAGAUGAUGAUGUGAGAUUCGUGGUAGAUUGGGAAGAAGAAGAAGACACACACGUGACUUAAAAAUAUUGAAUUGUGGGCAUCAAUGUUAAUAAGAAGCUAGAGCUACUUAACCAUAUUCACACCAUAGCUACGCAAGUAUGCACAAUGCCUAACCUUUCCACCUACUACAAUAUGUUUGGGACCUGUGAGUCCAAUCUCUUUCUUCUUCUACCUCUUUUGUUUGUGUUUCCUUUUGUAACUCUGUGAGUAGUUUAGUACUACUUGUCCACCAAGUUUCCUUUAAUGUAUAUAUCUACAUUCGCCGAUUGAGUCUAAUAUAGGAAGACAAGUUAGUAAUAGAUCCCUAGAAGCGGUAUCUAUGUCGUCAGCCGUCGCCGGCGCAUGUUUCUCGAUCUCCGUCGCCACCAAUAAUUCUCUCAAGAACUCCUCCUCCAGAUCGCCUCUCUCAUUUUUGUCCAUCGCUUUCAUCCCUUCCCGCGGACGACGCAAUAUUACUCUUCAGCGGCGGUGUUUCGUUGGAUCGAAGCCUACGAUCCUCGUUGCUGAGAAGAUCGGUGAGGAUGGUUUAAAGGUGUUGGAGGGUUUCGCGAAUGUCGACUGCUCGUAUAACAUGACCCCCGAGGAGCUGUAUGCUAAGGUCUCGCUCUGUGACGCUUUGAUCGUGCAUAGUGAAACAAUGGUUGGCCGUAAAGUGUUUGAAGCGUCUCGCGGACGGUUGAAGGUUGUCGGACGCGCUGGUGCUGGGUUCGACAACGUGGGCCUGAGAACAGCCACGGAGUUUGGGUGUCUGGUCGUCAAAGCGCCGAGGCCCAACAGCAUCGCUGCCGCUGAGCACGCAAUCGCUCUUAUGACUGCCAUGGCCCAAGCUGAAGCCAAGGCUGGAGAUGAGUUGGAAAUGAACAAGCUUGUGGGAAAGACCCUUUUAGUUUUCGGACUCGGGAACGUUGGGGCCGAAGUUGCUCGCCGUGCCAAGGGCCUUGGCAUGCGAGUCCUUGCUCGUGAUCCAUUUGUCGUAGCAGACCGUGCACGUGCCAUUGGUGCUGACUUAGUCCGCUUCAGCAGCUUAAGUGCAGCACUCGCCAAUGCAGAUUUCAUUUCUCUGCACUUACCCUUUAACGGAACAACAUGGCUAACACUACGUGACCAUCACUUUCCCCAAAUGAAGAAAGGAGUUUGCAUCGUCAAUGUUUCUCAUGGAGGUCUCAUCAAAGAAGACGGGCUAGUGGAAGCUCUGAAUUCUGGUAUUGUUGCUCGGGCUGCAAUUGAUGUCUUCACUGAAGAUUUACAUGAAGGGUGUAAAUACACUAAGCUUCUGCAGCACGAGAGGGUCACUGUGAUACCUCAUCUCGCAGCCAGUACUCAGAAAGGAGUUAGCACUGAUCUUGCUGAAGCUGUUGUUGGAGCUAUGAAUGGAGGAGGAGAGCUUGCUGCUACUGCACUCAAUGCACCUAUGGUUUCUCCUGAGGUUCCAACCGAGCUGAAACCAUAUGUGGAACUAGCCGAGGUUUUAGGAGAUUCGUUAAUGAAAGUGGCGUCCAGAGGAGUUGGCGGUUUGAAAAAUGUGAAAAUCACAUACGCCUCAGCACGGGCUACUGACGAUCUUGACACCAGACUUCUACGAGCCAUGGUCAUCAAGGGAAUCCUCGAGCCAAUCUCCUCUGAGUUAUAUGUCAACUUGGCCAACGCCGAUUUCAUAGCCAAGCAGAAAGGUAUGAGGAUCUCAGAGGAAUUUGUGUUCUUGGACGGGUCACCAGAGAGCCCUUUGGAGACAAUAACCGUUCAGCUAGACAUCGUAAAGCAUAUGUACCCAGAGUCCGUGUACCCCCGAGCGGACUUCAAAGUGGAAGGAAAGGUUAAAGACGGACUCCCGUAUGUGAUCAAGCAGGGAAGUUGGAAUGUGGAAAGUAAUUGUGUCGUAGGGCGCAUAAUGUAAUCAUGUAUUUUGUAUCACAAGAGGGACUUCUCGUGGUUAAUCAGUUUCAUCACUCUAUAUCAAUAAAAUAUAAAAAAUCCAUGUUCCACAUAACAACAGCUUAUAAGCAGUCCAACUUUGUAUUUACGUACGGCUGUCAAUAUGACCAU